UUUAUCAAAUCGGAACGUUUUGCAGGAGUUGUGGUAUAUUUUAUAGCAGCAGCCUUAAAGCUUAUGCUAAGAGCAGCCGAAACGAAACUUUACUGUUGCGAACGAACGCCGGUAGACGGGAUGAAGGCACAAUAUAAAAUGUGAUAAUAAGAGUAAAUGAAUGAGUGAGUGCGUGAGCUCGCAUGGGAAGAAAAGGAAGAGGCACAAUUCCAUCUGAUCUACUGCUUCCAGACCGGCUAGCGGCCAGCCAGCCAAGUCAGCUAGCCAGCCAGCCAUGCAAGAUAUGGAAGAUGGAGCAGACCGUUGAAAACGGUGCGUAAAAUGGAUAACGAAAAAACACUUAAAAGCUCCGCAAAAUGUUAGCACGGUGAAGAAAAAGAACGAGACACCGUAAAGAAAGAAAGAAAGAAAAAAACACACAGCCGUGGUAACAAAAAGGCCUCCAAAUCAGUGAAACGUAGCUUAUUUCAUUGGCCGCUUGUUUACCGCAAAGAUAGCACGUGCUGCGUUGAUGCUGUCGGAAUACAGUUUUUGGCCAGGUGCUUAGAUUUGAAGAUCGGUCGAGCACGGUGCAAAAGGAUCAUCGUCUGCAACAGAGUGUGAUGACGCCAAACCCGGAAAACUCACGUGUACACUGCCCUUAGUUUUCUUAACGGACCGAUUCACAGGUUGCACAGCUCUUGGAUGUUUUCCGGAUCGAGUGUUUCAAACAUUGUGCGUCCUAUUUACGAAUUCACCGACAAUGCAAUUUAUAAACGGCCUGAUGAAUGUAUGGACGUAUAUGUACCUUUUGGGUCUGUUUCAUCAAAUCAGGGGACAAUUCAAGAUUGUCAGCUUUGACAAUGCUAAUGUAACGCAUCCAUCCAAUGGAACUGGAAACGUCAACUUUGUCCAGAUCAAACCAAUAGUAGCUCGAAGCAGCAAUGAAUCCGCCGGUUUGUCUUCAAAAUCAAUGAAUGAAUCGUCAAGGAUGCUUCAUCAGGACAGUGUGCCAACGAACACUAUCGAAAAUAGAUUUAUAAAACUCUCCAUCGUCAAUUUGACUGCUGCUGGUGAUAAAACUCGCGAGCGUAAAAUUCAACAAACGGUUUCGAAUCAGCGCAAUAUAAACGAUGUCUCCUUCGAGAGCCGGAACAAAACUCAAAAACCUGUGACAAGUACAAAAUUUGUCACUGUUGUCGGUUACGCAAAAAAGAGUAAAAUACGCUCCACCACGCGAGCGGAACUAGACCAGAAAGCAAAGAAAUCAUCUACGUCCCUAGUUGAUACAGAAGCUUCUUCCAGUAGGAUACGGCGGAACAAAUAUAGGAAUUACAAAUCACGCUGCCGUUGUGAUCGUAUAUGGAACUGUGUUAGAAUACAAAUAUCUGUUGCACGUUGCGCACCUGAUUUUUUCAUGUGCUGUUUUUAAACGUGUUGUGACAAUAAUAAUAACAAUAAUAAAGAAACUAUGUUUGAAACAAUAACGCAAUUUCAGCUCAAAUUG